ACAAAACCACUUGAAAUUGCGAUAUAUACUAAGCCAACCAUCUAUUGCUUCGGCUAACGCGCGUUCCGUUUCCUUCACCGUGCGUCGGCCUUUGGGGUUGUUUCCUCAGAUCGUUCUCGCGAGGAGGUGGGCGAAUCUUCCGAUCUAAUCUCCUUUCCAAGUCCCAAAUUGGUGACGCCAACUGCUCCCAUGCUUCUCAUUUUUGUUAUAACAUCUGUUUUCACUCUGUGAUUUCGUUGCCUUUUGAUCUCCGGCUUUCUAUUUGACGUUGACGAACUACUGCCCUCUCGAUCGGAGUCGCUAUAUCUUUGCAUUUUUGUGUUCGGAACCCUAGAUCGAGUUGAUUCGGAUAUCUGUCAAGUUCUAUUUGAAUUAUGCUUUAGGAUAUUAGGUCUGGGUUGGAUCUGCUGCGAGUUACGGGUGAAAAGGAAGAUCGAUGGGUGGUUAUAUGGAAGCAUUGAUCGACAGUGGAUUGAAAGUAAAGAUAGCUUUCAACUUGUUUCUCUCCAAAAUGAGGCCCAUUUUCUGUGGGAACUUUGAGUAUGAUGCUCGCCAGUCAGAAUUGGAACGUCUUUUUGGCAGAUACUGGAAGGUUGACAGGGUAGAUAUGAAAUCAGGAUUUGCAUUUAUUUACAUGGAUGAUGAACGAGAUGCAGGGGAUGCAAUCCAGGCCCUUGACAGGACUGAGUUUGGCAGACACGGGCAAUGGCUUCACGUUGAAUGGACGAAGCAAGAGCUUGUGGUGGUAGGACGAUCUGGCAGUUCAAGAAGGUCUCUUGCUAAUAUGACGCAUACAAAGACACUGUUUGUCAUAAACUUUGAGCCAAUCGAUACCAGGAUGAGACUUGGAGAAGCACUUUGGACCAUAUGGAAAGGGCUUAAAUAUUAGGUUAGAAGAUAUUUUGUCUUUAAUUACUUUGAGGCACAAGAGGAUGCCACAAAAGCUCUGGAAGCAACCAACAUGAGGUGCUUCCUUCUCCCCCAAUUUCAGUAUAUAG